UCGACGAGCUCGGCUCUCCUGCGCCAGCAGCGGUGGUGUGUCACCGAGGUUGGGCUGCCGCCGGAGAGACUCGGAGUCACGGCAAACAUCCAUCCGGUCGACCGAAGCUGGACGCGCGCUGGGGCUGAGGGGCUUCGGUUUGGAUCCCCCGCGCCUCUCUCUCUCUGACACCGCCGCCGUCUCCUCCCGAUGUCGGACUUCAAGCUCGGGAUCGUACGGCUCGGCCGUGUGGCCGGGAAGACCAAAUACACACUGAUUGACGAGCAAGACAUACCGCUUGUGGAAAACUAUGCAUUCGAGGCGCGCAUGGAGGUAGAUGCGGAUGGCAAUGGAGCUAAGAUCUUUGCCUACGCUUUCGACAUUGGCAAAGGCCGCUGGGCAGGAAGGCCAUUGCAUGAGCUUCUCUGGGAGAAGCACCGAGGAGGCAUCGCCCCCAGUUUCCAAGUCAUCCACAUCAACUCUGUGACCGUGGACAACCGGCUAGACAACCUGCGACUGGUGCCGGUGGGCUGGAGCCCCAAGCCGGAGGAGAUUUCCAGCAAACAGAGAGAGCAGUCCCUGUACUGGCUGGCCAUCCAGCAGGUACCGGCCGACCCAGUGGAGGAGCAGUAUCUGGAGCUGAGCCGCACGCGCUACUACAACGCUAACGGGGAGCUGGUGGAGGAAGAGGAGUGCUCCUGCACCUACUAUGAGUGUCAUUAUCCUCCUUGUUCACUCAUUGAGAGGAGGCUCCGGGAGUUCAACAUCUGCGGCCGCUGCCAGGUGGCGCGCUACUGCGGCUCCCAGUGCCAGCAGAGGGACUGGCCCGCCCACAAGAAGCAGUGUCGCGAGCGCAAGCGGGUGCUGGCUCUCGAGUCGGAGCCCGAGCGAUGAUCCACACGCGCACCUCAUCCUCGCCCGUGAGAGGAGGAGGGAGAACAGUGGAGGGGGAGCUGGGACGGGAGGGGAAGGGGUUGAACUUAUGGGAGGGCAGCGGGGAUGAGGUGCGAAACCAGGAGAGGGGGAGCUGCUGAACAGAGACUUAACGGCGGAGGACAAUGUUGGUUGCGUGAUGGAUUCAGGAGAAAAGAGGAUGGAAAAUGAGGCCGAGACAUCUGCCACUUUCCGGAACUGGUGUUUCUCCAUAGCUUGCUUGCUUGCUGGAUGGCGGGGAAAGGUAUUAUUCUAAUCCUCUCUUCUUCUUUUUUUUGGUCAUUCUUUUUCUCGAGGGGGGGGACCCUCGAGAUCUACCUGCUGCUAUGGUUUUGUAUGUGAGGGAGGGGGGAGGAGAGUUGUCUUGUUGAUGAACUGGACAAACUUCUUUGGACCAUAAUAUAGACCGUUGUCGUCAUCCACUUUGGGUCCUCCACCCAGUCCCCGGGUGGGGUUACGUGCAGACGGGGGGAGGGGGGGGGGGGGGCUGCGGUACCUGCCGGUCAACUGGUACAACGGGACACAGACCUUUUCACUGUAUUGCUCCCUCUCUGACCUCUGCACACGGCCGCCGUCUCUUCCUGGUCGUCGACCCCCUUGGCCACGCCCCUUCCCCUGCAGCCAACCGUCGGAUGGAUUUCACUGAUUGAAUCACUCAGUAUUGAGCGUGUGUGUGUCUGUCUGUGUAUGUCUGUGCUGCCAGUAUGUACUGAAGGACAUUGAAAUGGUCUCCAUGGGUUAAUGGCAGGGUAAAUGUAUGUCUUUUCUCUUCAAGGGGCCAUAUUACAGUUUUAAAUUUCAUACUAAAUCGUAAAUUGAUGGGUUAAAUAUUUUCACUGUUCUAUAAUAAAGUAGCUGCCAAAUAAAGGCUGUAUAUUUUUUUUCUUUU